GGCAGUCGUAGUUGUUUACAUAAUUUUUUGUUUUGUUUGUUCAUAACUACUAGAAUGUCAGUAAUCAUGAUAACACACUUGUCUUGGUGACUCUGCAUUUCAUUAUCAGGCUCGGUACGCAUUACAAGUUAAAGCUGAGACACGCACAGGGCAGAGAAGCUGACGUGAGGAUUUUUCUUUUAGUUCCAUUUAAUGAAAUAAUGUUUGGGUAUUAGGCAUUCACUUGAAGUUGAUUUUGGUAAAUAUGAAGGUUUUCUUGGCAGGCUGAUGCACCAUGAGUGAGAAAAAGGAUCUUCAAGACUGUGUUGAGGAGCUGAGGCGAGAGCGAGCUCAGUGCUCCUUUGACGUCGAGGAGCUGACUAAUAUUUUUGAUGGAGGAAAGGAGUUGACAGCUCGACGCCGUGAGAUUGUCAGUCACCUUGCAGAGCACUUGAUAUGUAGUGAUCCGGCUUUUAAGGACGAGGUUCCUCCUGAAUACCUGAGCCAUGAAGACCUGUACACUAAUGAGGUGCGCAAAGUGACACAUCUGAUGAGAAAGCUGGCAGAGCACAACAUACCUUUAAGGGAAGCCAGCAUUACCCAGGUCCACAGUGUGCUGCGGGACGGAAACCCUCUCAUCGUGCACACAUCUAUGUUUGCCAAUGCACUGGCAAGCCUGGCCAACCCCAAGCAGCAGCAGCAGUGGGUCCCCCUUGCUGAGAAAAACAGGAUAAUUGGCACUUAUGCACAGACCGAGAUCGGUCAUGGGACUUUUGUGAGAGGACUGGAGACCACAGCCAUCUUUGACCCAGAGACCAAAGAAUUUGUGCUUCACUCCCCAACUAUCACAUCCACCAAGUGGUGGCCUGGAGGAUUGGGCAAGACGGCCAAUGCAGCAAUUGUGAUGGCUCAACUGUACACGCAGGGCAAGUGUUACGGCCCACACCCCUUCUUUGUGCAGCUGAGGGACUUUGACACACACCAUUCUUUGCCUGGAGUCAUUCUGGGGGAGAUUGGUCCUCGGCUGGGCAUCAACAGUCAGGACAAUGGGUACCUCAGGUUUGACCACUACCGCAUCCCUCGCACCAACAUGCUCAUGAGGCAUUCACAAGUCCUGGAGGAUGGUUCGUACGUCAAGCCAAUUCACAACAAGCUGUCCUACGGCACGAUGGUGUGGACCCGAGUGGCCAUUGUCCACAGCUGCAGCAAGAAACUGGCGUGUGCUGUCACCAUAGCAACGCGUUACUCUGCCGUGCGUCACCAGUCGGAGCUCGUGCCAGGGAAGCCUGAACCGCAGAUCCUGGAGUACCAGACGCAGCAGUACAAGUUGCUGCCUCACAUCGCCUCAGUGUUUGCUAUCCUCUUCUCAGCCAGCAGUGUGCUCAGGAUGCAGCGCAAUGUGGCCGCCAGCAUCAGCAAGGGAAACGUGGAAUUGCUGCCUGAGCUUCACAUCCUGUCCUGUGCGAUGAAGGCUCUGAGCAGCCAGGACAGCACCCAGGGCAUAGAGACGUGCCGCCUCGCCUGUGGAGGACACGGUUACAUUGCCUCCUCUGGGCUUCCGUCCCUGUACACCAGCACCACCUGCACCAUCACCUAUGAGGGAGAGAACACUGUGUUGCUGCUGCAGGUGGCCAGGUACCUCAUAAAGUCAUAUCGAGCUGGCUUAGAAGGCUUACCAGUGUUGCCGUCAGUCAUGUACCUCACUGCUCCAUCGGCCAUGCACCAGUCACCACCACUCUCCAAUCAAGCAUUGAUAGAGGCCUUCAGGAUAUCGUCUGCCAAUCUGGUGAAGGAGACAGAAUCCCGCCUCUGCAGGCAGUUCAACUUGGAGCAAAAUUUUCAUUACGCAUGGAACCGUUGCUCAGUGGCAUUAGUCCGCUGUGCCGAGUUACACUCCAGGUAUUACAUGUGUGAAAAGUUCCUGAGCACCGUGGAGAGCAUCAGGGCCAGUGACAGGGUGAGGAGUGUCCUGCAGGAUCUGUGCCGCCUGUACCUCAUCCACCACAUCACUCUGAACCAGGGCCACUUCCUGAGGAGUGGGACCCUGAGUGGAGUAGAUCUCUCAACACUGGAGGAGGAAAUGUAUGAACUACUGGCAAAGCUGCGACCACAAGCUGUUCCUCUGGUGGACGCGUUUGACUUCCGGGACGAGUUGCUGGGCUCCACACUGGGAGCUUGGGACGGCAGAGUGUAUGAGAGGCUGUAUGAGGAGGCCCAGAAAAGCCCCCUUAACAAGACAGACGUGUCCAAGGCUUACCACAAGUACCUGCAGCCUCUCAUGAAGUCAAACCUGUAGUGUGCCCACAGCUGCAGGGAGUGAAGUAUGUUCUCUUGUGUUUCUGUCUCUGUGUAAUUAAUUUUUUCAGCUCGGUUGUUUAAUUUCUAUGUGAUAUCAAGGUUUGGAAUUGUAGAUUAAUGAGAACUUUUUGUGUCAAGACUCGCAAGCAUUUUUUGUGAUUUAAAUAUUACUUAGAAUUGUAUAUUUACUUAGUAAGUAUUUAUUUAGUUCCUUCAACAUUUUAAAGGUAGAUAGAUGAAAUUGUUAACAGUUGUAAAGUUUAUAAAGAAUAUAUAAUUGUUGGUGUUACAAAAUAUAUUUAGUUUAUAAUCAUAUAGAAUCUGUUAGAAGUUGCUAUUUAUGUGUGUGUGUGUGUGUGUGUAUAUAUAUAUAUAUAUAUAUAUAUAUAUAUAUAUAUAUAUAUAUAUAUAUAUAUAUAUAUAUAUAUAUAUAUAUAUAUAUAUAUAUAUAUAUAUAUAUAUAAUUGUUGUUGUUUAAGCUCCCUGUGUUCCAAGGUGUUUGAUGGGUGUUUAAUCAUUACUGCAACUAUGAAUUGAGGUCAUAGUGUUUGAGAGAAAUCAAUAUAUUUUUGUGAUAAGAGAGGUUGAAAUAUUUUAGUGACAGGACAGUCAAGGUCAGUAGGUGUUUAGUUAAUUACCCCUGCCUGUCUUGUCAUUGCAUUAUGAACAAUGAAAUACAAAUAAAAAUAAAGCAAACAAACAA